CCUGAGCUCCGGGCUGGGGUCCCCAGAGUCCCUGGCUUUGGGGGUUGCAGCGGCUCUUCCUUGUCUGGGACCCUGGUCAGCUUCCAGGACCCAACCCAGGUACCUGCCCGGGUCAAGGAGCCUGCAGUGACCGAGGGCCUCAGCUCCAGUCUCCCUAGGAACGUGCUCAGUGAGAGGGAGCGCAGGAGGCGGAUCUCUGUGAGCUGUGAGCGCCUGCGGGCCCUGCUGCCCCAGUUUGAUGGCCGGCGGGAGGACAUGGCCUCCGUCCUGGAGAUGGCUGUGCAGUUUCUUCAGCUCACCCACACCCUGGUUCCUGGUGGGGAGCAGCAUGCUGUUCCUGCUUCCUCCAGGGAGGCUUGGCACAGGUGGAGCGAGGAAGUUCUGCAGUUGACCUUGGCGAGCCAGAUUCCAGCCGGUGGGCCUGACCCUGGGACGGCAGCAUCCACUGUGACUCCGCAGCAGGACCCCCUGGCUGUGGACAAGAGUGAGGUGCUGGACGGGCCACCCUCCCUCCCAGAGCCCUUCAGCCUGGUGCCCCGGCCCCCAUGCUGGCCGCCCUACUCACAGUGGCCGAGCUCCCCCAAGGUGAGCCAGGAGGCUCCUGAUGGUCUGGGCCAGGCGGGGCCCCCAGCCAGAGUCCCCACAUCCCCAGGUGGGCUGGCUGAGGAGGCAGCCCUGACACCUGUGGCAGAUGCCAGGUCUGUGUCAGGAUCCAGUGUGGAGGAUGGGACGUCCUUCCUGCUGACGGCCAGUCCUGACUGGUGGCUGGGGUCCCUGGAGGGAAGAGGAAGCACUGUCCCACCCUGGGCCCCAGCCCGGAGCAGCCCAGCACAGCGGGCAGAGCCAGCCUUCCUGGGCGACCCUGAGCCUGGCUCCCCGGAGCUCCAGGAUGGUCCCCUGGAGCUGUGGGGCUCUGACCUGGGCAGCUGGGGCCUGGAACUGCGGGAGGAGGUGGACGGCAUCCUCCCUGAUUUCCUUGCCUGCUAGCCACUGCCGGAGGGGCAGGACGGCCAGGCCCGGAGCCUGGGCAGCCUGUGUGUCCCUCACGUGCCGGUGCCUUACUUUGGGCUGGGUUGCAGCUGUGCCCUAAUCUGAGCGAGCCUGGCAGGGCUGUGCGCCCGGAGGCUGGAUAUUAAAAAGGGAAAGCGAUUUUCCUGGAGGAGAACAAA